GAAUUUAUAUAAUUGUUUUAUGAAAGUUUUACUCUGCAUUUGCGCUAAAUUAAUGUCUAUGAUGGAAUCUAUUGCAAUACUGAUUUUAAUUUAUACCAUUAAGGUUAGAAGAAAGGAAAACAACAAUUUUUGCAUCUAUGAUUGACAGCCUUUUAUUUGAAUUAAAACUAACAAAAGUUUUAAGAUAUUUUUUAGGUAGCAACGUAAUGAAAUGAUACAAAAGGAUAAAAUGAUUCAGAUCAUUUAGUUUUUCAUUGAAAAUACGCUGUUUAGGGCGGGGCCAUGUUGGCACCUGAAAGUUCCACUAAUAAUACAGAAGAUAGGCCUCUUGUUUCUAAUUCCAUGAUAAGGAGAUUAACAGGAAUGUUUGGCAAGAAUUCGCAUCAAGCUUCUUCUAGCGACGGAGGGCCUGGUUAUGUCGAGUUUGGUUUAUUUAGUGAAGAAUCUAAUUUGAGAACUUUGGGAACCUUUGCUGGAGUUUUUGCCCCAGUUACUUUAUCAAUGUUUUCAGCUUUAAUUUUUCUUCGAAUGGGAUAUAUUGUUGGCAAUGAUGGAUUGUUGAUAACCCUGAUCCAGUUUGCUAUAGCAUAUGCUAUUCUGGUAUUUACUGUUAGCUCUGUGUGUGCCAUAUCAACCAACGGUGCUGUUGAAGGGGGUGGAGCAUAUUUUAUGAUAAGUAGGACUCUAGGACCUGAAUUGGGUGGCUCCAUAGGUACUUUGUUUUUCCUGGCCAACGUUGUGAGCAGUGCUCUGUGUAUAACUGGCUGUGUGGAAGGGCUUGUUGAAAAUUUUGGACCUUCAGGUUACUUUAUAAAAGGGAUAAUACCUGAUGGUUCAUGGUGGGAAUUUUUAUUCUGUUCUAUAUUAAAUGUUGUCAAUCUCAUAAUAUGUCUCAUUGGGGCAUCUAUGUUUGCAAAAACUUCCGUAUUUGUGUUGGCUAUUGUUUGUACUUGCUUGGGUAUCACAAUUUUUAGUUUUUUGUAUCAAGGACAUAUUGAGGUACCAAUACCCGACUCUAAUACCUUAGUGCAAAAUGCCACUUACCAUGUUAAUAUGACUUAUACAGGCUUAAGUUUACAGACAUUGCAGGAUAAUUUGUAUACCCACUAUGGGAAAGACUAUAUUGUCAAAGGGCAGGUUACAUUUGCUACAGUGUUUGGGGUGUUAUUUUCUGGGGUGACUGGAAUUAUGGCUGGUGCAAACAUGAGUGGAGAAUUAAAAAAUCCCUCUAAAUCAAUACCCAAAGGUACCUUAUCUGCGGUCACCUUCACAUUAAUUAUUUAUCUUAUUUUAUCUUUGUUAACUGCCCUGACCACCUCGACCGAACUAAUGCAAAACAACUAUCUGUACAUGGCGGGUGUCAGUGUUUUUCCACCAAGUGUAGCCGUAGGGUUACUCACCGCUACAUGGUCUGCGGCCCUUAGUAAUAUAAUUGGAGGUUCCAGAGUGCUGGAGGCCUUAGCCAAGGAUAAAGUAUUUGGUUCAUUAUUGAACUUCAUCCCGAGGGGUACAUGGAACGGCAACCCUGUAGCCGCGGUUUUAGCAUCUGCAUGCCUGGUUCAACUGGUUUUACUAAUUGGGUCUCUUAAUUUAAUCGCGCAAUUGAAUUCUGUACUAUUCCUGCUCAGUUAUUUGGCGACAAAUAUGGCCUGUUUGGGUCUUGAACUUGCGGGUGCUCCAAAUUUCCGUCCGUCAUACGCCUAUUUCACGUGGCAUACGGCCUUCAUUGGUCUUCUUGGCACCUUUACAAUGAUGUUUGUUAUAUCUCCAAUCUACGCCAUGUGCAGUUUGUUGUUAUGUCUGUUGUUGGUGAUGUUUUUGCAUUUGUUUUCACCGGCCAAAGGCGCUGAAUGGGGUAGCAUUUCUCAAGCACUUAUUUUUCAUCAGGUUAGGAAAUAUCUGUUGCUGUUGGAUUCAAGGAAAGAUCACGUAAAAUUCUGGAGACCACAAAUCCUUUUGCUGGUAAACAGUCCCAGAUCAGCAUGUCCGCUAAUUGAUUUCAUAAAUGACCUUAAAAAAGGUGGUCUGUAUGUUUUGGGCCACGUUAUAAAUGGGAACUUCAGCGAUGGUCCCGACUCUACUUUGGAUAUGACAUUACACUGGUUAAAUUUGAUAGACCAUUUGAAGGUGAAAGCCUUUGUCGAACUGACGGUGGCUCAGACGGUGCGCGAAGGAGUGCAGCAUUUAGUACGCCUCAGCGGCAUGGGUGCUAUGAAGCACACAGUCGUCAUUGGAUUCUUCGACCACCAAGAGCCCAUAGAUUUUUUACAGAGUGACGAUUCGGCAUAUAUAAGCCAAGAAUUCGAUAACGACGUCUUUCCACUCACUCAUUCCGGCGAUCUCGGGCUGGUCGAAUAUGUACAAAUGAUGAGAGACGUGUUGAGGUUGAACAAAAACCUCUGCCUGUGCCGUAAUUUUUGGAAAUUGAAGAAAGAUCCAAAAAUUGUAGGAAACAAAUCGUACAUCGAUGUGUGGCCUGUAAAUUUUCUGAACCCUGGUGAGCAGGACGCGUUCGAUAUAACCUCCCUGUUCAUGAUGCAGCUUGCAUGUAUUGUUAAUAUGGUCCCCUUGUGGAGCAAGUUAAAACUGAGAUUGUGUGUGGGUGACGAAACUACGAGCGGUUCGUUUACUCUAAAUUCUUCCGGUCAGAAUCAAUUGGAAAAGUUGCGAAACAUGCUCAAGCAGCUCAGGAUAUCAGCCGAGAUUUACCUUGUGCCGGAUUGGACUGGAGUAAUUGAAUCGCACAGUGCCAACGUGGAAAUAUUUAAUGCCAUGAUUCUUAAGCAAGUAGCGGAGACUGCAGUUACUUUUAUUUAUUUGCCAGCCCCACCUGAUAAUGACAUGGAUUUGGUCCCAUAUUAUAACAAACUGGAGUUAAUCUCACGAGAUCUUCCUCCAACCAUUUAUGUGCACGGGGUGAAAAUGGUCACAUCAACAACGCUAUAGGCGAUUUAAAACACUUUCUGCAAAUAUCUAGUACUCAUAAGUUAGAAUAGAGUUUGCAGAGUGUCAAAGAGAAUAGUAGAGGGAAAGAAUAAACAUAUAUUUUUUACAACUUGAACUCUAUUACGAAAAUUUGAAAACCAGAGAGUAAGUUUAUUACAUUUAGAACAAGCCUUAUCAAUAAUCUGUGAUUUAUACUAAUACUUU